ACAUCUCGACUCACACGCGAUCUUUGGGAUACUCGGCGAGAAAUGACUGCUUUACAAGCGCGCGAAAACGACCUCGUAGCUUCAUUGCGCCGCCUAGAUGCUCCUCGCCACAUCCUCGAAUCUGGACAAGCACAUAAAUCCUCAGAACUUGAAGCUCGUCUUGUUGAAGUUGAGAACGAACUGCGGCAAGAAAGAUAUAAGCGCCUUCGAGCUGAGCGAGGUCUCGAUGAGAUUGAGGCAGAGAGAAGGGCUCCAUUUAUCGUUCCAGCUCUGUUUCAAGCGUUCCUGAUGAUUUCUGAGAUU